AUGCAAAAAGGAGUGUCACAACGGAAAGAACAAAACUACGACAAACAAAAUAUGAAACGAACGGGUAGAAGACCCUGUGGGGAUCCCCCCCAGGAAUGUCCCUUAUCACUGGGAAGAUAUAAAUCGAGCGAAGGUAACGAGUUAAUGGAUGAGGACAGACGUAGGGGAAGCGAGUCGAACGGGUCCAGCACCGAAGAAAGAUUAUUUACUCCAAGUUAUUACAGUGGAAGUAAGAAAAAUACGAUCAACAUAAAGAUAAAAAAAAAUGCAAACAGGAAUUUGCAACACUCUGGGGGAGGGAAAAAAAAAAAAGAGGAACAGAAAUCCUUCAUCAAAUCGCUAAUAGGUAAGAUAGAAGAAAUGUACAAAAAAGGAUCACACGAUGAGAAAAGGAACUCACAUAAAUUGCCAUUUGAGUCCAGACCUGCCUUUCUUUUAAAUGAAUAUAUAAAUAUAGAACCGACGAAUAACGUGAUGUAUAGACGUAGGACACCCCACAAGACUCUACGUCGAAGCGAUUUCAUUGGAAUAAAUUUAAAGCCUUUUGUUAGAUUUAAGAGUCAUCACAAAUGGGAUGACAGUCAUGCCAAUCGUAGCGGUGAUCCGAGGAAAAGAGCCAUUAUAAAAAUUUCGAGCCAAAGUCCUCACGAAGUAUUUAACCCCAGGCGCAUGAAUACAAAUCGAUCCUUGUCUGGGUACCCUAAGCCAGCAAAUUUUUACUCCCUAAAAAAUGAUGUAAUGAGGGGGAAUUUCCCCUUCUGGGGGGGCCAAAGAGUGAGAAACGGAGUAGGUACCUCGGUAGGCAUCCACCAUAUGGGCAUGGACAAAUUAACGGAUAAAGAAUUUAGAGAUCCUAACAUGUAUGACGCACCCUUUGUACACUUGAACCCAGUCCAAAGAUGUGCAACGUAUAAUCCAUGGUGUGGGGGAAGCUCCGCGGGGAAUGUGAACAGGGCGGGGGGUGCUUACCCAGUGAAGGGGACCCACCCACAUAGGCGCCACGAUGACAACGCAGAAAAGGGAGAACACAAAAUAAGAGUAAGGAUAAACAGAAAGGGAGCGGGAAGAAAGAACGAAGGUGAUGGUGACGGGGAAGAUAGCGAUAGUGAGGGAAGCAAAAGUGGGGGAAGCAGAAGUGGGGGAAGCAAAAGUGAGGGAAGCAAAAGUGAAUCUGGCUUUGUGAACAAACGCACGCACCAUGGAAGGAGCCCUUUAGCCAACGAACAUGAUCAUUUAGGGAAACUUAACGAGAGAAACUUACAGAAAAAGGAGAAAAAAAAAAAAUUCCUAGUUAACCUGUCUCUACCUUUGAACAACCCUAGGGGAAACAAUUGCACAGAAGGGGAAAGAAUAACCAAUUUGGGUGGAAACAUCAACGGAGAUACUCCCUCCCAUGUUUUAUUCACUUCGAAAGGAGAAAGAGGCAUGAAAUUAAAUGUGAAGAACAGAGCAAAUGAAAGAAUUAGACUUCGAUAUGGAGGUAAAUAUGGAGAAGAUAAGGAAAGCGCUAAAAUGUGUUCCAAUUCCACUUCUACAUGUGACACAAAAAAACAUAAGAAGCUCCUCUCAGGUAUUUAUUCUUCAUUUGAGGGGAGUCAACAGAGCUGCUGCAAAAAAAACACGAGGUGCCAUGGAAGCGAAUUAAACAUCCAUUGUAUGCAUGGCAGUAGAGAGGGAAGCAACUCUUCGUGGAAGAAAACAAAAAAAGGGAAUGAGUUGCAGAUCUACGGAGAGGGGACAAAACGGAGGAGUACAUACACUUGGAGUAAAGCUCCAGAACAGUAUCACGUCCAAUAUGAAAGAGGAUUGCAUAACAAAGCGGAUCAUAAAAAAAUGGGGAAGAAUUCAUCUCAGCUUAGGAUACAGACAGAGCAAAAUAGAUGCAUAAGGAAUGCCUGUGCAGUGAAGAGACAGCACACCAAUUCCUGUCUUCAAUUGGAAGAUAAUAAAAAAGGGGAACCAACUUUAUCAAGAGAGGACUGCGAAUCAGGUGAAUCCCAAAAUGAACGUCAUAAAUACAAAGUGGAAAAAAAAACAGACGCAGUGAAGAACGAAGGGAAGCUUCUCUUAUUAACGAAACGUAAUGAGAGGUUAAUGUUCGAUCGUGGAAAAGAGGCACCGAGGCAAAACUGUAAAAUGCUAACUUGGGGAAACUCAAAUAGUGGCAGCCUAAGCUACAAAUUAGACAGUAUUACGCGUAAAAAGGGAGAAAAAAAUGCUAAAGGAAAUCGAGAGAAGUCCCUUAUUUGUAGUAACUCCCUAGAGGGACAAGAAAAAUAUAAAAACUUGAGGACGAUUACUAUACCGUCAGACAGUGUAGACGGAACGAAUGAGGAAAACCCGAGGGGAAAACAUCUAAUUAAGGAUGGUGAAAAAUUUAGGGGGGAACACCACAUUGCAAGUGCCUUCAAUUUAUCAAAUAAAAUAGCUACUCAAGACAGUGCAAUGGGAAAAUACAAAAUGGUGCAAUACUACAAACCGGGGGAUAAUAAGGAAUGUAGCGGUUGGUCCAGCAUCUGCGAAGAUAGAGCGCAGGAUGAUUGCUACAAUGGGGUGGGGAAAAAUAAAGGGAGUCACUCAAAGGAUAACCAAUUUGGUGAUACUAAUGAAGUGUUAGAAAUAAAAGACAAACUGGGGAGAAGCAGGAGUGUUACUACAGCAUUGUCAAAUAGUCAGCGUAACAAAAAAAGGGAGGAAUUUCCCCCUGAACAGGCAGGUAGAGGUUUCCCUUGGAAAGGUUCAUCACGAAGGGGGGUACACACAACUGCUGUAUCACCAAACGAAGUUGAGAGUAGUGAUAGUGAAAGACAUUAUAACAAUGAGGAACACCUGUACUCGAAAGGAAAAGAAAAAAAAAAAUUGAAUAUGUAUUCGAAGGGUAGUUCCCUCUGCAUAAAGGGAGAAGUAAAUUACAACUCGGGGACGACGCACACACUUGACAGAUAUAAAUCCCAUAGUGGGGACUACUCCAAUCGUAUGAACAAAUUUGUGGAAGGUACAAACAGUGGAGCUAGGGAUUGUCCAGUUUGGGAGCACAGCCAAGGGGAUGACCCAGAAAACUGCUUAUGGCACCGUACAGAACAGCCAUAUGUCCCAUCAGGUGAAGAAACUUCACGCAGGAAAAAAGAAGCUCAGAAAAAUGAAGCGCAGAAAAAAGACGCGCAGAAAAAUGAAGCGCACCAAUGCGUUGUGGGUCAAUUGGGGGAAGGCAGAAUCCAAGUGAGGGCAAGCCAAACAGGGAAUGCUUCUUGUCCGCGAAAAAUGGGAGAAAGAGCAGAUAGAGAAAUUUUUGCCAAUCCUGAUUUUGAAGACCAUACAAACUAUAGCAUUAACAGCAAAAUGCGUCACCGAAGUGACCUCCAGUCUGCAUCAAAUCGUAAGAAGACUGCGCGAAGGGACAAAAAGGAGAAGCAACGCGAACAGUAUGCAGAGAGCAACUCCCAUUCGCAUCACAGUUCUAAAGAGAAUUUUGAAAAUUUCAAAUCGUCUCAGCUGUAUUGCACUAACGGUUUGCAAAGAAAAAGUAAAAAAAUGAGGAGUGCUUUAUCGGGUGACAUUGUUGCACAGAAAAGGUAUUCCCAUUCAAGGAGCAGAAGCGAAAUGUUAAAAUGGGACCAUUCAAGGGAAGGAACUACCAGCUCGGGGGAAAGUCUUCAAAGGAAAGAGGCACACCAUGAGGAUGAAAGAUACGAUAAAGGGGGAAGCAGAACCAGACGGGGAAACACCUCCUCUUCCAUUUUUUGCGAUUAUCAUGGGAGGAACAACAUAGAAAGGGUUCUUUACAAUUCGGGGGUGGCGUCCAAGGAGGAAGAAAAGGCAGGCACUGAAGGUGGAAGAAUUGGUAGAAGAAGUCGUAGCAUUGAUCGUGGAAGCGCUGGUAGAAGAAGUCGCAGCAUCGAUCGUGGAAGCGUCGGUAGAAGAAGUCGUAGCAUCGAUCGUGGAAGCGGUGGUAGAAGACGUCGUAGCAUCGAUCGUGGAAGCGUUGGUAGAAGAAGUCGUAGCAUCGAUCGUGGAAGCGUUGUGAAUUACUCACACGGAAGGCAUCCCUAUGGAGACACGAAAGAAAUCGCAGAACGGAGCCUUUUUCAUGACAGUAACAAUAAUAUGUCGUCUUGUAAAGGUGGCAGUUCUCCAAAAAAUGCAAGGCGGCAUUUUCCCGUGGGUACUACCCCGAAUAGCUUCCUCUACAUGUCGCACCUCAGUGGAAGCGCCAUGACGUCAAAGAAACCAACCGUGAUAAAUAGCGAUGUGCAUAGUGAUAAGAGUGGUGAUACACAGGACAAACAGGUUAGCGUAGAAAAGAGUUGCCACUCCGGGGAAGAUAGCCAAUUCUGUAGCGAUAGGGAUGAAGCAAUAAUUAGAAAUAUUCAGUCGAAGGAUGGAAAGAGUCACGUUUAUCACAUCCGCGAAUCGGUUUGUAGAAAGGGAAGGGGUGAAACGUCCAGCGAGCGAAUGGUGGAUGGAAGAAGACCACACAACGGAAACACACACCAUAGUCGUCAGAACACCUUAUCGAAUGAGAAAUGUCGAACCCCCCAAAGGUCACAUAAUUACCAUGAUGAAAAUGAACACGAAAGAAGGUCAAGCCGAAGAAUGAGCAAUUCACUCAAGAAGGGCAGAAAACAUAGUGGGAAUUGCUACUCAAAAGUGGCAUACACAGAUCAGUUCGCCAUAUUGGACAAUUUAAACUCUCCUCAUGAUGAAGAAUCGGACAUGAGCAGAAGUGAUCAUGGUGUAAAUAUAGAUGCAGCAAAAUGUGGAAACAAGGAAAGGGGUAACUCCUAUGUGAAAAGACACACAAAAGUGAGCACCUCAUCCGUGGGAUAUAUCUCCAAUUGGGGAAACAUAUUGAGAGAAAAUUCCUCAUUAGACAAAACGGACUUCCCAUAUGAUCCUCACUCAAAGCUGAAGGAAAGAAGUAGUGGAGAUAUUAUCCGAAAAGGGAAUGGAAACUCGCAUAAUGAAAGUAGAUUCACGCAAGGUACUUUUGAUUUCUCAAAAAAUGAACAGCAUAGUAAGCAGGAGGGUGAUCACCACAUGAGCUUCAUUUUGGAUGCGCAAAAGGAACCCGUAUGUAGGGGUGAUGAGGCAGGCAGAAGUAUGUCUUUAGGUGUGGGGAGAGCUCCAUUCAGAAGGGAGAGGUACGACAAAAGAGGGGACAACUCUGGACACUCGAUCGAUGGGAAGAUAGACCAACGACGAGACUAUCACAGUAGUAAACGCGGGAGUAAGCAGGCCCAUUCAAACCGAAAGGGAGAUUACGAGGAGGGGGAGGAAAUAACUCCCCAUAAUGAAUCAUCCAGAAUGAAAGAUAAAAAAAAGCACCAGAAUGGGGAUGCUAAUAAAUAUAAAGAAGCAAGAAAGCAGAAAGGAAACCACAAAUCGAGUCGUUCUUAUGGCCACUCGGAAUGUUCCCAAAGGAGUGGUAGCAUAUCUGAGGGGAACAUCACCAGCUGUUCAGGAAGUCAUGCUAUCUACGACAAGAUUAACCCCUCGGCAAUGUCCAGGUCGAAUAGAUCUCUUCAACAUGAGGAGAAAAAAAAAAGGAUUAAAAGUAGCGAUCCAAAUUUAGGCGCUCAUCAUGGGGUGAAUCGCCAUUGGGGGAAAACGUCCCGAGAUUGGCACAGUGGCCAUACCGCACAGGGGGAGAGACAGCACUCCUACUUUAGCGGCGAAAUGGAGAAGCAACCCAGUAGAGGCGCUUCCAAAUGGGAUGCUGAAGGGUCAUGGGUGGGGGAGAGGAAUAGACGCGACGAAUAUGUUCACGUGAAGGAAGAUGGCAUGAGCUCAGAUCGCAGAAGCGCACAAUCUGCUGCUAAUCAAUUAUGUGGAAAGAACUCAAAGCUAAAAAGCAUCCCCUCUGUUUGCAGCAACCAGGAAGGCACACGUGAAAGAAGAAAUUCACAUUGUGGUAGUGCAUCUCCCUCUAUUCACAACUGUAGAGAAGAAGAGGUUACCCCCCAACGAUGUGGCAGCUGUCAUGAGAGAUCUAGUGAGAUGGAAAAGAAACGAACUCUCCAGGAAAACCAAAAUAGUGUUGGACACAACUGGGUAAGUAACGAAGGAAUGAUCUGCUCUCUCUCGAGAGAGACCAUUUUGUGCAAUAAUGAAAAGGGAGAAAUAACGAAGGGAGGCUUCCCCAGCAAAACGAAUGAAUACCCGCCAAACGUCGACAUAGGAAAAGAUAACGAGCUGCUUUCUGCGCGAAGGGAUGCUCCACUGAUGAGUCGUACGAUGGAACCCAAAACGGCAGAAUGUACACAAGGAAAUGUAACCGAACAGAUAGAGAGGUCGAAAUCAACCCCAAUGAUAACCCCACUUCAGUUCAAUAUGGUGGGAAGCGCUAAUGCUGUGGAGGGACCAAUCCGUAUGGAAAAUUCCCACCCAAAGUUUCCCACCGGAAAUGAUGGCCACCAAAUUAUGAUAAGAAAAACGGUUAGCGGAGUAGUGGGACUGAAAAAGGCCAAUGAAUACAUGAAGAGCGAGUUGAAUUAUUAUCUAUCUGGUGGUAAUUUUUCCAAGGGGAGUCGUCACUGCUAUGAGGAAGCAAAUGGGAAAGUGGAAAACUCGUCGGAAGUGUUGAGAGAGACAAAUAGUUUUGUGAAUGGAAUAAUCAGAGUGGAUGUGGACCCUCCGAAGUGUAGUAGCAUUGGUGCAGUAGACGCGAUCGACUCGAAAUUAGGGGAAGACUCCGACGCAGCUAACCGUUUAGGAAAUUACAAAAAGGGGGAAUCACAUGAAAGGAGUAGAGACCAUAUAAGCAAUAAUAGCCUCUUCAGGGGGGGACAGUAUGAUGCUGGGAAUUUAGGCCUUCCUAGUGACCACACAAAUGUGGAUGGUACUAACAUCAAGGGAGGUAGUGCACCCCUUAACGACCCACCUCAGAAUGGUGAAGAAGGAAAUUGCUCCACGUUCAAUGAAGACAAAGGCAGAAGCGGAUUCGAUCGACAAAAUGAAAAAAUAAAAUUUAACAAUGGCAUGUAUGGCUAUGCCAAUGUUAGCACGAGUCAGGGUGUGAACAUGGUCAACCCGGGCGAUGCUUCCAAUCUGAGGAAUAAUAACACGCUUUAUGAACCCCCCCCCAAUAAUGCUGUCCUCAUGAGCAAGCAAUAUUCUUUCGUGUCUGACCCUACACAUAGGCAAUUCUUACACCAUCCCAGUGUAGCCCCAAACAGUAGCAACUUCAACGGAAUGCACUACGUGAACAAGGCGGUGAGUAUGCCCAAUUUGGGAAACAUAAAUAUGCACGGUAAUUUAUUUAACACUGGGAUUGGAAACAAAAUUGGUGACCCCGUUAAUGUAACGAGAAGUGACAUCCCCUCAGUUGUGCAUGCUCAGGCGAACCAACUACCCCCUCAGAAGAUGAUGCAACAAAACUUUAGCAAAGUGUUCCAAGUUCCGAUUAACUAUGGAAAUAUUUCAAAUGGAUUAAAUUACAAUUCAGCCAACGUUGGGAGGAGUGAUCUGUUAAUUAGUAAGCGGCCUUACGGUGGGGAUCUUUUUUACGACGUCAAUGGUAAGGCGUACAUAGUUGGCAGAAACGGGGAGGCCAAUACGAGCUCGGUGAACACCCUCGGUAAUUAUGCCCUUCCCAGUUAUCACCUUGCGACUGAUAAUGCAAAUCAGAGCAAUAUGAAUAGGGACGAGCUCAUCGGGCAAACUGGACAUUCCAAUUUGGCCAUCCCUGGUGACAUGCAUGGGGGAAGUGGCAAGGGUCUAAAGAAACCUUCCGUCGUGUUAUGA